AUGUCUAAUGAAGUUGUGGAAUGGGGUGCAAGUGCAGUGAAGAGGGUAAAGACAAGGUUGAGAAGUCGACUCAAGAAUGACAUGAUGGCCAGCCUGCUUCACAUUUCCCUCAAUGGCCCUAAUCAUGACACUGAAGAGUGCAGGGAGAUGCUUACAGAAGCAACCAAAGUCUGGAGAAAAACGCACUUCAGAAAUCUGCCAUCACUUAAGAAGCUCCCAAUGGUUGGAGGAUCAGACCAUGAUGGCAGUCUUCACCGUCCAGCCACAAAGACUGACAUUGGUAUACAGGUGGAAUUCCCAGAUGCCCUUCAGGCCUCUAGAACUGGAGCCCAAGAAGAUGGUGAAGUAACUGUGGAAACUGAACUUGAUGCUCAAGUUCAGGUUGUAGCUCAAGCAGUUGCCAGCAAUGCUGAUUUGAGUCAUGACGCACUGGAUGCCAUGGAUAUGGGAGAUGUUGAAUCUGGUAUUGAUUCAGACUUUGAGUUGAGUUUGAUAUAG